GCGCAAAUUACUGACAGGGUAACCGGGCAAACGUUGCUAAGGACUCAGUAGUUAUUGGAAGUCGUGGUUCCUGUCCAGGGGAGAAAGAAAUAAUUAAAAAGUUUACCGGUAUAGUAACAACAUAAAAAAUGUCGCAGGUUGGGAUACCCCGUCCCAAUGUGAUGGGUUUAGGAACAAAUAAGGGUGGUGUUACACUACCACAGAUUGCACAUCCUUUAUCUCGUAUGGAAGGCCCCGGUAACUUGGAUGUUCGUGGGGUGUCUCGUGAUAGCCACAGACCAAAUUCACAACCUUUAACAGGAAGACCUUUAGCUAACGAAAAUGUUUUUACGGGACGUAAAUCUGUAAGUUCUUAUGGCCGGGACAGCAGACUUGGUGUCAAUCAGCAAGUGGUAGCGAUGCCACAUGAUGCUAUUCCUGAAGGAGUGGAAGUUACACAUGGAGAUCCGAACACUACAAGACUCCCCCUUUUUGGCCCUAUUGCCUUGGAAGAACCACGUGGGAGCAGAGCCGGUAUGGGAAGCAGAAUGGACAGUCGUAUGUCCUCAAGGUUGUCUAACGCUUCAGCUCAAGGUAGACUGGAAAUUGAUGAGGAUGUAUUAAGACCCAACAGUUUUAAGUAUUUGACCAUACAAGAUUUGGAAGCUAGUCUAAAACAGAAAAUUAAAGGAAGUUACUUUGAGAUCAGGAAAAGAUUUAGGGAUAAUGAUCCAGAACAGAAAGGAAAUGUUUCCAGGGAGGCAUUGCAUAGAAUUCUUGUGACAAUUUUAAAUGUUUCACUGAGUCAAAAUGUGUACAAUCGACUGAUGGAGAGGAUAGGAUUAAGAGAUAAACAAGUGAUUAACUAUGCUGAAUUCUUUGCCUAUUUCCGUGAUGGACCAGAGCCUAAUGAUUAUCCAGGUUGGAUGGAUCCAGUACAGAGGCAAUACCAGGAUAAAGCAGUCAUGUCAUCUUUACAAGUUCAUUCGAAUCUAAAAGAAAAAGCUAAACAGAGAUUCUUGGAUAUAGCAGACUUAAUACCCCAGCUGAACCCUGGUGGAUCAGGUCGUAUCAUGAAACCAGAGUUCAAACAAAUGCUCAACAAACUUAUGUUUUAUAUGGAAGAUUCUGAAUUUGAAAAAUUGUGGAAAAAGUAUGAUCCUGCUAACUCUGGAACAAUUAGUUCUGAAACUUUCUUGAAAGCUCUGGGAAUAACACUACAAGAAAAUGGAGAAAACGGAAGACUGUCACCUAUUGCUGAAAGUUUUAGCUUAAGUUCUUGCAUGUCUAGUUUAAGUUCUAGAAAGCCUAGCAUGAUAGAGGGAUCUCAAUAUAUAGAAAAUAAGACUGGUUCAGGUAAUCAAAGAGUUACAUCAUCUCGUACACCAAGAAAGAAAGAAAUAGAGAGAAAACAGUCCUUAGAUGUAGAAAGAUGGUUGAAGAACAAAUUUAGAGAAGGAUGUGUGCAGAUGAAAGAAGCAUUUGAAGCCAGAGAUGCCAAAAAUAAUGGUCUUGUGACAUUUGAUGGCUUCUUAGAAGUAUUAUGUAAAUAUGGUUUAAAUUUGGAGAAGAAGUUGUUGUCAGCAUUCUUAUCAAGAUGUAGUGUGAAACCACAACGUGAUGGGGUACCUUAUAGGGAAUUCUUACAUAGAUUCCAGGAUAGAUCAGAGGCAGGAAUGACCCACAACAUACUUAACAGUAAAAAACACAGGCUAGUCAGACUGGUUGGAGACAGACCUGCCAGUCCUGGUAAUGUGUCUACAAUGAGUGGUAUUGAAGUACAGCUUAUGAACAUGUUCCAAAGAGAUUUCUUAUCAUUAUUGGGUACACUCAAGAGCAUAGACAACCACAACACUAAUGUGAUAAGCCAGGAAGAGUUUAGAGCUGCGAUAGAGAGCAGAUUUAGCCUGACCCUCCGUGAUGAUCAGUAUGAGUCUUUCCUUGAUAGGUUACCACUAGAUGAGGAUGGCAACGUUAAAUAUGCAGAGUUUCUCCAAUUCUUUGAUACAAAGGGAAUGGCACCAAGUUUAUUUGGUAAGAAACAGGCUGCUGGUCCUGUUCCUGUCCCUGCUCCUCUCCCUAAUGUAAUGGAAGAGAUGAUAGUACCACAGGCUGACAGACUAGUCGUGGAGGAAGAACCACUAGACUACACUUCACGCAAGAGGAGUAAUGAAGAAUUAUUCAACCUUGUCAAAGAUCUACUGACUCGUAAGUUCCAGGAUGUAGAAAGAGCUUUCCAAGAUAUAGAUGAGAUAAAUACCAAAAGACUCACUCAAGAGUUAAUGUUCCAGCUAUUAAACAGAUUUGAUAUAAAACCAGAGAUUUCUCGUGGUGAAAUAAGAGAAAUAUGGAAAACUUUUAUCACAAACACAGACAAGACCUUAGAUUACUUACAGUUUGUAAGACAUUUUGGUUUCUCUGCAAGAUCAGCCCACUUUCCAAAUGCCAAGGUGAAUCCUCCAAGGAAAGGUGAUGCCGACUUCAUGAUCAGAUCCAGAAAAUUAAACUGUGCAGCAGAUAUGUUACAAGACAGUUUAAGAUCAAAGAUUGACUAUAUGUGGGAGGAGUUACGUAAAGAGUUUGUUGGGAUGGAUCCCUAUGGUACAGGCUAUGUAACGAGGGAGGAGUUUAAGGAUGUCCUUACUGAGUUAUGUGUUCAUCUUAGUGAAUUUGAAACCAGGUCACUAAGUGAUAAAUUUGAACUUCGACAGGAUGGCAGAGUAUCAUAUAUAGAAUUUUUGAAACCGUUUGCUCUGAAAAAACAGAUGUGGCGCCAUGGCAAUAAUAUGUUGUCCUUGUUACAACAUCCACAACCAGAGAUACCCAUAGCAGACAUUGUAGAACCUCCACAGAGAGGAUUACAUGGAAUUACAUCAAAACUUAGACAAAAACUGGCUGGAGACUGGAAGAAUAUACGAAGGGCUUUCAAGAAAUUAGAUAGAGCUAAUGAUGGGUACCUCAAUGUUAAUGAAUUUAGAUCUGUCUUGAAACUUGCUAAUGUCAUUCUAGAUGAGGAGGAAGUAUACCAUGUAUUGACACAGUUUGAUAAUAACAUGUCCGGAAAAAUAUCUUACGAAAGAUUUAUUGACGAAGUUCUAAAACCUCCAACUCGACAAAGUGUAAAACAAAUUUAAUAAGUGUUGCUAAAUUUAACAUUAACUGAUUUUUUAAAUUUUUGUAAGUGACUGAACUUGGAAUUUGUAUUGAAAUGUUUGACUUUUGAUUGAUUGGUGCAUAAAAGUAGAAUGAGAGAGAGAGUUUAUAUGGUGUAUAUUUGAGUAAUAUAUUUCCCAAUGAGUAUUCUAUAUAAAAAUGAAAAUUGUGGUUUAAAUAAUACUUAUGUAUGAUCUUUAAUUUUGUUCUAAAUUCAGAUGGUCAGUUUUCCAUGUUUAGAAUGAAAUGAAGUUACCGAAAAAAACAUAAUCUAAAAAAAAAAAGAUAAAUAUAGCUGGUUAAAAAACUUCUCAAUGUUUCUAAUUUUUUUCAUGUUUUUUUAAUGUGUGCAAGUAGGGUGAUAAUGUGUAUGUUGUACAAAUGUGAGAUUCCCUGUACCAACAAAUAUUUGUAAAGUUCUUCAUUUAUAUAUGCAAAUGUUCAUAACCACCACCUUAGUAUAAAAAUUCUUUAAAAUUGAGGAAAUUCAGUAAAAAAAAUUUCUUCCCAAUCAUUACUUUUUGUUCAACUAAGGAUUUUGGCAUAUUAUCCAUCAAUGAUACUGCCAUCAUUUUCACUUGUAUGAUUGAGAUUUUUUUUUAUUGUACAAAAAUCAUGUAUUUUUCAUAUUUUCCAUUUUGAAAUAGAUAAGAUAUUACAUUUUUUUUGCUUUGCUCAAAUUUUAUUUCAUUCAGUCCAUCAAAUGUAUAUUGUCUAUAACAGUAUUAUCAGAUUUUAAAAAGAAUGUUUUUAUAUUGUGUUAUAAACUGUGAUAUUUUAUAGCUGUGAUAUUUAUUGGAAUCUUGUCUGUAUAUCUCUUUUUGUAUUAAUAUUAUAAGUGCCUUGGUUACCGUAUCUUUGUAGAAUAAGUUCUCUCUUUUUCUUUUAUAUUCUUUGAUGGCUAUCUAUUACUGCAACUAUUUUACAAAGGAAAGAGGGAACAUUCAAAUAUGAGAUAGUUUUAAAGAAUAUUCAGUACUGACCUAAACUGUCAUUUCAUAUUCAUCAAGUGCAUAUAAAAUUUAACAUACAUUCCUCCGGCACACGACAAUCUAUUAAAUGUAUAUUUUUUCUAUGCGUCUGUACAAUAUGUCAUAUUCUUGUUACAGCAUGUGGUUACAUAAUUAUAUUUUGUCUUUCUGUUUGUCAGCUAUCGACUGAUUUUUUUUAUGUUUUGACAUUAAAUUUGUUGUAUGUUUAUAAAUA